AAAGUGACACUUGCCACCCAGAGUCGAUGGUGCUGCCCUCAUCAACCCUGUAAGUCACGCAUUGAAUUUGUUGGCAAAACUGCACUGGAGUCGCUGCCGCAGGUUUGUCAAAGAGUACCGUAGGGCCAAGCGAGUCCAGGGAAUGAAGUUUCCACCCCUGCUGACGUGCGUGGGAGUUGAAAGAGAGUAAAGGCGGGCAUGUGACAGAAUUGUCAGAAACUUGUAACAUUAUCUUUCUGAUCUCAGGUCUACCACCAUUUAAGUAGAUGUGAAAGAAUGUAUUGUUAUUAAUAUUGAAGUUUUUUUUUUUAUUCGUGUUUUAGAUUACACUUAUUCAUCUGUUCGUCGUUUUUAUUUAUUGUGCCCGCUAUUAAUUGUUAAUUAUGAGUAUUACCGUCAAAAGUGGGCACGAGGGCCUCGAAAAUGAGG